UAAAAAAUCUUGCCCCCCCCCCCUCACUUAAAUCCUGUAUCCGCCCCUGACCUAAUUCUUGAUUAUCCUGCUUUGUAACAUUGAUAAUUCUCUAGUCUUUCAUAGUCUAGAUAUAUAGAUGAUGAUUUUACCUAAUAUUACAAUUUGUAUUUUGUAUUUUGUAGCGUAUAUAUUAUUAUUAUUAUCUUGUGAUGCGCUAAGGUCGAGCUUGAUUUACGUCUUAUCUACUUACUUUAUUGAUCUUAAUGAGAAUAAACUCAUGUGAUUAGAAUAGAAGAAAACUAUUUUGCUCUACUUAUUUUUACACUCAAAUACAGAGGUAUUAUUUAUAUAAUAUUGAUAUAAUUAGACAUAUAUAUUUUCAGAGAGGAAUAUGUGGGGAAGAAGUAUUAGAAGAGCUUACCACACACAACCACUGACUCCGAUAUCGGAGAUCAAAACUGAACUUGCAAAACUAUCCGGAGGUUCUAUAACACUCUCAAAGAACGAAAGUUCGGGUAUCGCGGAGCUUGUUUUAAACUAUCCCGAGAGUUACAACGCACUAACUGGGUCUAUGAUGGUUGAGUUGGAUGAAACUCUUGAGGAACUGGGAACCUGGAAAACCGGAAAAGGAAUUCUUCUGUCCGGAGCGAAAAAUCCAGCAAAUUAUUUCUGUUCCGGAGGACAUCUAACUACAGUUAAGAGCGGAGACAGUCCUGAGAAAGGGUUCCGAAUGUCCGUUUUGAUGAACCAUGUGAGUAGGAAGCUACAGAACCUACCCCUGGUGACGGUUAGUGUACUGGAGGGACCUGCCCUAGGGGGAGGAGCAGAGCUUGCCACAACAACAGAUCAUCGUUUAGCAACUAGCUCAGCGUUUGUAGCUUUUGUUCAAACCAAGAUGGGUUUGUGUACCGGGUUCGGGGGAGGAGGAUUACUAGUAAACCUUGUCGGAUACAACCGUGCUCUAGAUCUUAUUAUAUCUGGCAGGAAACUACGAGCGGAGGAAGGGUUGAGAUUAGGAUACUUUGAUGCGGACGUAUCUGAAGGAAGAGGAGUAGAGGACGGAUUAGAAUGGUUGGAGAGAAGAACAAAACAUUGUACUCCACUAGUUAUAAAGAAUACUAAAGCUGUUCUGCGGCAAAGACUAAGUAUUCCAGAUGAGUAUACGGGAAUAUCCUCGGAUGAGUAUGAGAGUAGACUGUUUGCAGAACUAUGGUACGGAGAAGCUCAUAGAUCCGCCCUCGGACAGAACAUAAAACACAAAUAAUUAGUUUAACACUUCAUUAAAAUAUUAUUUUUAGAGAGCUCGCAUCUCAAAAAGAUGAAGAAAAAAAUUAAAAGACCAUAGAUAUCAAUAUGUAUCUUUACUCUUCAGUGGAUUGAAACCAUUGGCCCCACAUAGUAACUAUAAUACAUUAUACAAAGAAAUUUGUCCUUCUCCAUCAAGAAAUUUUGGUUUACGGUUUCAUUUCUUAACAUAUUCCUUGAUAUUGAGUUGUGAGGCUCUAAUUUUUAAAAACUCCAAUCAUUAUAUAAUGAGUUUGUAGAAUAACGGUGCUGUUUCAACAACAUACUGGCUGUGAUUUAGUCUUAUUUAAUGAAACGAC